AUGAAUCCUUUGUUAGGGGCGAACUCGCUUCUCCAACAUCAACAGCAGCAGAACCAAGGAGGACAGAGUCAUCCGGAUUCCCCCUCAGGCCUUCUGCCCGAAKCCGUCUUCKGCUCRCYCGACCCGACRUCYUUCUUCCUGGGCGACCAUCCCGGACUGGGYACGGAGACUCWGCCAGGGUUCGAUUUCACCACACCCUCACAAGCUUACCUGCAUCUGAACCAUAAUAACCACUCUUAUCACCGGUCUGUGCCCCAACCUCCUGCAGCGAUGGCCCUGAGGAACGACCUGGGCUCCAAUAUCAGUGUCCUAAAGACUCUGAACUUACGGUUCCGAUGCUUUCUGGCCAAAGUGCAUGAACUUGAGCGAAGGAAUAAGAUUUUGGAGAAACAACUACAACAGGCGUUGGAUGCGAAGAACAGCUGUGAUGGAAGUUGUUCUGAAAGCGCUAGACGGGCCCAUACCCAAGAAACGGGUGUACAGACCGGGUUUGUGGGAACUAUCCCGCUCAGGCCCGGGUCACUCCCGUUCCAAAACACCAACAACUCCGCGAGACGACCCACUACCCUCUUCACACCUGCCAUCAACACUGUCCUCACGCUUGAGUCCAACAACAAAGCUGGAACAAACCCCACCGAACCGAAUCAGAAUCCGACCAUCACGGUAAGCCUAUCAACCCCGACAAUCGACUCUCCAGCYGGGUCCAAUUCAAUCACCAACGGGAAAACGGUUUUCAGUACUGGCACUGGAACCCCCACCAACCCGCCUCCCCGGUUCCUCCCCGGUACUAUCUGGUCCUACAACCAUACCCGCAAGCUCGCUUCUGGCGUGGAGACGCGCGUCACCAGCCCGGGUGUGUCCUGGGUCCAGCCGGACGGGGUCGGGGUCCAGAUUGAUACCAUUACCCCGGAGAUCAGAGCCCUGUACAAUGUCCUGGCCAAAGUCAAGAGGGAGAGAGACGAGUACAAACGCAGGUGGGAGGAGGAGUACACUGUCAGAGUGGACAUGCAGCAGAAGAUGGAAGACCUACAGGAG